AUGGUGGGAGCCAUUGGAGCAACAGCAUCGUGUGUUUUCUGUGAGAUAGCGACCAAUUCCAAAUCCCAUACGAUUCUCCACUCUGAUGAUAAAGUUGUUGCUUUUCGGGACAUUAAUCCAUCAGCUUUCAGGCAUUACUUAGUGAUCCCUGUGAAGCACCUUCCUACUGUUAAUGAUCUUCAGAGAAAUACCGAAGAUUAUUCUUUGGUGAGUCAUAUGGUAGAUGUGGGAAAAAUGUUAUUACUCAGAGAUGCACCUCACUCAAAGCAGUACAGAUUUGGUUUUCAUCAGCCUCCACUGAAUUCUGUUAACCACCUACACCUCCAUUGUUUGGCGCUACCAUAUACACCCAGGUGGAGAUGUAUGAAGUAUUUCCCUUUCGGUCCAAUUGGUUUCAUUGAAGCAGAGAAGUUUCUUGAAAAGAUAAAGCCUGUGCCCGGAGUUCAUUCAAAAGUAUAA